UCAAGGUCUUGGCCCAUCAUGCAAUUAUUUGAAGUUUAUCAUCAAUACGGCGCCCGGUGAUGUAUAUAAAAAUACUUCAAUCCCAUUGCCCGCUUCGGUUUGGCAUUAUGACGAAGAUCGACAAACUUAUGUAAAUGAGGUUGACGUUGAAGAGUUCCUUAGAGGGGCGUGCCUCAACAUUUCAGUGAUCCAAGUCUAUAUGAUGUGUUUAUUCCACGAACACACCUUUGCAUUUGACAACUCUCAGAUUGGGUUUGUUUGUCCCGAGGCAAUGUCAAGCUCUAGAAUCAAGGCCAACCCUCAGGCUGCAUCAAUGUAUUUGAAAGUAGUUUUCAAUGCUGAAAUUGAAAAGGAGAAGAAGGGUGAUCCUAACAUUACCAAGUGGUUUUUGAUCCCAUACCAUCAAGAAAAUCAUUGGAUUUUGUACGUGUUAGACCUACGUAGAGGUUGUGCGUAUAUUUUCGACUCUGCGAUAGGUUCCAACCGAGAAAAUAGUGCAUGGGGAAUCUUGUGUUUGGCAUACCAAGUGUACAAGUUUAAUGAUGGGAUUUGUCCGAAUAGAGCGACUAUGCAGGGGUUGAAAGGCUUCCAUGUAAAGUGUGCUCAACAAGUCGGCGCCCACGAGUGUGGCUAUUACGUUAUGAAGUUCAUGCAUGAAAUAGUCACGUUACACCAUAACACUGAUGAGCGGUUAGACAAUGCUUACACUCCAAGAAAUGCGCCUUAUACCGAUGAGGAAAUAGAUGUGGUUCGUGAGCAAUGGGCUAAGUUUUUUACAACCGAGUAUUUAUUUACUUAGGUUGUUUAGACACAAAGAUGGAAGCGUUUAUAUCUUCAUGGAUUUGGCUAGGGAUCGAGUCGAUUGGAAGAAAGUCAACACGACCUUACUUAAGGUUUGUAAUGCAUGAUCUAAAGGGACCUAAGUGGCUGGAUUAGAGACAUUUGUUAGAUUAGCUCUCUAGCCUUUUGUCUUUAGUUGUUAAUAUUAGUUGUAAUUUGUUAGACUAGCUAGGUGUUUAAAAAUUGUAAACAUACGUACUAUAUAUACGCUUUGCUCUGUUGGGUUAAUAUAAAUGAAGUUAAUGUAAUGAUUUAUUUAUCAAAGAUAAGCAGAUUCAUACCUUUGCUAUUUUGGUGUUGAUUGGGUACAGGUUUCAAUACUCAAUGGAGUAUAUAUCUAGUUGUGGUUAUUGCCGCCUAUUUUAUAUUUUAAAAGAAUUUGGAAAAAAAAAAAUUAAUGUUGUUGAAGGGGGC